CUUCUCCUUCCGAAGGCAGGACCGAGAGCCGCCGCCGAUCCACAUCGCAGACAUUCGCCAAGACUCCACCAGACUCAGCUUCGCUCCAAAAGCUUCCCCAGCCCAGAUUUUGUGAAAAGAGAAGAUGGGGUCCGGCUGCCUGAAGGUCACAAAGUACUUCCUUUUCCUCUUCAACCUCCUCUUUUUUAUCUUGGGUGCUGUGAUCCUUGGCUUCGGAAUAUGGAUUUUGGUUGACAAGAAUAGCUUCAUUUCAGUUCUACAGACCUCCUCAUACUCAUUAAGGGUUGGGGCAUAUAUUCUCAUCGGAGUUGGGUCUGUCACAAUGUUGAUGGGUUUCCUUGGCUGUGUGGGAGCAGUCAAUGAGAUUCGAUGUCUCUUGGGACUGUACUUUACCUGCCUCCUGUUGAUCCUAAUAGCCCAGGUAGCGGCCGGUCUGCUCAUCUACUUCCAGCGGAAUGCACUCAAAACAGAAAUGUCAGAGAUUGUUGGUAACCUCAUCCAGAAUUACAACCCUUAUGAUGAAAGCAAUAGGAACCUUGAGACCGCAUGGGAUUAUGUCCAGACACAGCUAUCUUGUUGCGGAUGGGUCGGACCAGAAAAUUGGAAAAACAAUACAAUUCUCCAGGAGAAAAAUGAGACAUCCUACCCUUGCUCUUGUAGCAAUGAAUCAGUUGACUCAGAGGUGGGCUUCUGCCCUUUGGAAAACACUUCCAACACCACCACAUUUGAGGGCUGGCCAGUUAGAAAGCAGGGGUGUAUGAAAGGUGUGCAGAACUGGUUACAGGAGAACCUUGGCAUCAUUCUUGGUGUCUGCACAGGCGUUGCUGUCAUUGAGCUCCUGGGUAUGGUGCUCUCUAUCUGCCUCUGCAAGAACAUACACACCGAAGAGUACACCAAAGUGCCCAAGUACUGAGAGACUGUUGGCCUAGCGAGUGGCCCUAGAGCAAACACAACAUUUCCUUCCUUCUCAUACUCAGACUGUCUUCGUCAUUCACCAUUCCUCUUUUGACACCCAACAUUGCUGCAGAUCAUUUGGGCUGUGCUGCAGACACGGAUUCUCUAAGGGAUCAGGGGCUUGGGCCAGUCCCUUUGUCAGUUUUGACUCUUCUAUGAAGCAGGCCAUUUAAAUCUUCUUUUACUCAUGUGAUACCCUGCAAUUGUACUGCCAGCACUAUGCUUAGAGAUAGCCUCUUAUUUUUAUCCACUUCUGACCAUUGUGAGAUGUCUCAGAAUACUUCUUUUCCCCUCUUGUUUUGAAACUCUUUGCUUCCAUUGAUAUGUGUACAUAACUAAUUCUUUUCCAGGGCUGUGGGUACUUUUGUUGGCUUGGGGUUUCCUUGUGAAUACAUACAUGGUAGAAAGGAGAAUCUUUUCUCUGGUUCUCAGUCUUGUGUUCCCAGAUGUUAUUAGAUAACAACUCCCACAGCUGAUAGUUAGGGUUAGUGGGAAUUGUAGUCCCAACAAUAUCUGGGGACCCACAGGUGAGAACCACUAGUCUAGUUAAUCUGAUGUCUCGCUGCCUGGUUUGUUGUCACUUCCUUGAAUCUAUUGAGUUGUCUCUUGAAAUUGCUUUUGCAUUGUUGGCUAUAUUUUCCCCAUCACACACACACAGAGCAAAGAUCUUCAGUCACCAACUGCUCAAUGGUUGACAUUAGUCAGGUUAAGUAUUGAUCCAGACACAAGCUUUAAGAUUACAUCCGCUAUCCUAGGGUCAAAGGGUGUGUGGCCCAUUGGGAAUGUUGAAUUUCUUUCUUCUCUGCCACAUACUUCCUCCUUUCUUUUUCUUGGAUACACUUUAGAGCAGUGGUUCUCAACCUGUGGGUCCUCAGAUGUUUUGGCAUUCAAUUCCCAAAAAUCCUAACAUCUGGUGAAUGGGCUGGAAUUUCUGGGAGCUGUAGGCCAAAACACCUGAGGACCCACAGGUAGAGAACCACUACUUUAGAAACUGCAUGUGUAUAGCAUGGGUGAGUCUGCACAGGUUCACCAGUAUAUGUUCUUGGGUUGCCAACUUUUAUAGAAGCAGUGAUUGAGAUUAUAUAUUUUGUCCCCGUAUGAUUCUUAUUGUAGUUCUAUUCUCUGUCAUGGUGAAAGGAUCUCUAGAGUUGAUGUCUUGUACUGUGGAUGGUGGGCAGCACUUCUGGAGCAUUAGAUUCCCUUUGCUGAUAAAAGCAGUGAAUCUUCCCUGUUGUUUUGCACCUUGUCUUGGAAAUUGCUGCAGUUGCCAGCAGAUCCAGAGACAUAUGUCUCCUAUGAUAUUCUCUGUAAUGGAGAAGCUUUUGAAUCUAGUAGCUGUAGCAAGUUCUCUUUGUGGAGUGAUUGCAGAGAGGGCAGUACAGUCCUGCAAACAGAAUUCCUUAGGAAGAGAGAAAUACCUAUGGGAAAUUAGGGAUCACGUUUAGAUCAGCAACUGACCAUAUAGCAGUGACUCUUGUAAGGAGAGCUUCCACUUUAAGAAAGCAGAUAUGGAAAUCCUUAAAUCUGGAUAAAUGAUCAUAUUCUUUCAUAAGCCUCCUCCAGCAUGCAGGUUGGUAAGCCUGUGCACUGUAGCUGGAAUCCUGGUACAACAUGGAAGAAAAUCAGACAAUUUGCCCUGAGUGAAGAAUUCAACAGUCCUAUGGUAGUAAUUCUAGAGAUAACUGUGAAGAAAAUGUUCUCUCUUUCAAUAUAUAUGUUUAUCCACAGUACUCAUGCUACUCUUUCUUGAGUUGCGAAGUGGUUGUAAUAAAUGGAAGAAAUUGUCACUUUUUAAAGAAUUUAUCAUGCUAGAAUAUAUUGAAGUCAGAAGAAUGGGUAAGUCAUGGAAAAUGUUUGAUCCAUCAUUAGCUUCCUUUCCCCUUCAGGUUCUGGCAAAUCAGGUUGGAAAAAGGGAUUUUCUUGGAAGUGAGUAUUUAAAUUUUGCUCUUUAUUUUUCCUCCCUCAAGCCUGGUGUUUUAUUUUUUUGAACUGAUUGUAAAGUUAGGUUUUAUAUUCACCUCUUGUGCUUCAUUUGAUAAGCUGCUUCACUGAAAAGCUGUUUAUGCGAUGGUUCUUGUUCUCUUGGAUUCAGCUCAGAACAGAAGCAAAGCUGAGCCCAUUCUGGAUUUCUUCCUGUUUUUAGAAACCUCUUCCAAAUGGAAGAAAUGCAUGUACAGAUUUAAACAAAUAAUGGGUGGGUGUUUCAGUAAUAAAAAUAUUUGCUUAAAAAAAUAAA